GUACAGAAAAAAUGACAACAACAGAAACCUAUAAAUUGCAGUUGUUAAAUCUUAGGAAUACAUUAGGCAAUGAAAAAUGUGCAGACUGUGGUACAUCAGAUCCACCUUCAGAUUUUGUGUCAGUUAAUAUUGGAAUUUUUCUUUGUAUAAACUGUGCUGGAAAACAUAGAGCAAUGGGUGAAAAUUAUUCAAUAGUUCGUUCAAUUCAUUUGGAUAGUUUUGAUGAAAAAAAGUAUGAAGUAUUAGAACAAACUGGAAAUAACAAUGCAGCAAAAAUAUGGGAAUUUUCUGUACCUCUCUGCUGGUCUCGCCCAUCAAAAAAUGAUUAUGAAGAUCUUGUUGAACAAUGGAUUCAGGCAAAGUACGUUAGAAAAGAAUUUGUUGAAAAUACAGAUAGUUCUUCUUUACCCUAUUUAAAAGGUGAAAAAAAAGGUUGGUUGUUCAAAAAAGAAAAAGAUGCUAGUAAAUGGAGGAAGCGGUUAUUUGUUUUGUCUUCACAACAAGGACAACUAAGCUAUUUUAUACAUGAGGAAAACAAUAAACCCAAGCGUAUAGUACAAAUUAGAAGCAUAAACAUGAUGUUUGUUUCAGAAGAAAUAACACAAAAAAAACAUUCAAUGUUAAUUACAUUUCCAUUUACCAAAAAUCGUGAAAUAAAGCUAAGACAUAUUUAUCUACAUUCUGAAACUAGUUUUGAAAUUGUUGACUGGUAUCUUUCUCUACGCGCUGCUCGCCUUUCCUUUUUAAAACCUUAUCUUUAUGGUUUAGAUGGUGUUGAGGUUAGUCGACUAUUGAACAGAAGUUAUAUUAAAAUGGGAUUUCUGUAUAAAACAGGGUCAAAGAAAGGCGAUGGCUGGCGUAAAAGAUUUGUAUGUCUGGAUUCCCGCCGCUUUUUAUACUUUUCUAAUGCAAUGGAUCCAGAACCUCUAGGUGAUAUAAAAAUAGAAUCUUCUCCAAAUAAUCAAUGUCUGUUUGAGGGCGUUAACGGCACUCACCCUGCCAGUCCGACGCCUCAUUGUUUUUAUGUGCGCUCUUCAGUUAACGAUAGCUCUUCAGUUAAAGAAACUUCGUUAGUACGAGAAAGCUCGCGUAAAGGGCGAAAUCCCGUUUUUAAUUUUUGCUCUGAAACCAAUGAAGACAUGAAAGAUUGGAUAUCUGCGUUUAAUUGCGCAAUGAAAUCAGACACAGUUGAGUCGGUAGAACCAGACACAGAUUCUCAAAGGACCUCUCAGUUGUUUCGUUCCUCUUCUAGUUCUUCUGAAGACUAACGUAAUAAAUUUUUAACGUUGUGUUUUUUUUAUUAAAUUAUUUUCAUAAAUCACUUUAAAAGUUUUGCAAUUUAUUUAUCAAGUAUUUAAUUUGCUUUUUUUUGUUUUUAAAGUUUAUAAAUUUUUUUCAAUUAGCAAUUUUUUACAAAGCAAAUUUAUUAUACCUUUAAUAUAAAUUUUUCGUACAUUUUUUGUACUAUAUUUUUUGUACUACAUUUUUUGUACUGCAUAUUUACUAUUAUUUUUUAAAAAUUAACUCAGAAUAGUUUAUUGGACAUUUCUAUUGUGAAAAUGUCCAACUUUUCGUUGUAUAUUUUUUAAAACUGCAAAUAAAUUUUCAAUAAAUAGUUAUAAUUAA